AGCUUGAACGUCGCGCUGACAAAACGAGUUUUGGGUGUGUUUGGAGAGUGGUUUUCGGUUUUGGUUCGAAUUGUCAAAUGCAGUAGUGAAUAGGAGGAAAGUGAGGAAGUCCUUUUGAAAAGUGCAACGCGGAGCGCAUAUUGUUUAUGGUUCGGUAACGCGUGUGUCACCGUCGCGGCAAAUAUGGCUAAUUUCCAGUCAAUUUGGACUUUUCUGUGUAUACUAAGUGCCCGGAGUGUAGUAGCAGAUUUCUAUAGGGACUAUUUUUCAAACUAUGAAUGCAAUCAACCCCUUUUGGAGAAUGCAAAGUUGACGGCGACGUCAUCGUUGCGGGAGCGAGGACCGGAAAAUGCUCGUUUGAACGCUGGAACAUCAUGGACGGCCAGACAUUCAGAUUUCGAUCAGAGGCUCGUAAUUGAUUUGGGAAGUAUUAAAAAUAUUUCCCUAAUCGCAAUACAAGGCCGUCCCCACAGCUCUGAAUAUGUAACAGAGUUUGCAAUCAGCUACGGUAUCAAUGACUUGGAGUUCUCCGACUAUAAGGAAUCAGGUGGCAACUUACGGAUGUUCAAGGGCAACAAGGAUAGUGAUUCAAUUCAGUAUAAUGUUUUUGAUGUGCCCAUAAUUGCUCAGUGGGUCAGAAUAAAUCCCACGCGAUGGCAAGAUCGAAUAUCUCUACGUGUUGAACUUUAUGGCUGUGAAUAUGUCUCUGAUAACUUAUACUUCAACGGGACUAGUUUAGUUCGAUUCGAUUUACUUAGAGAUCCAAUUGCUGCUUCCCGUGAAUCUCUUCGAUUUAGGUUUAAAACGGCCGACGCAAAUGGUAUAAUUCUAUAUUCACGUGGAUCACAGGGCGACUACUUAGCGUUGCAGCUUAAGGACAAUCGCAUGGUUUUGAAUAUGGAUUUGGGAUCUGGUAUUAUGACAUCGCUUUCAGUUGGAAGUUUAUUGGAUGAUAACGUUUGGCACGAUGUUGUAAUCUCAAGAAAUCGACGAGAUUUAUUGUUCUCAGUGGAUCGAGUAUUGGUUCGUGGGCGGUUGAAAGGAGAAUUUAACAAGUUAAAUUUGAAUAGAGGGUUAUAUAUCGGCGGAGUACCCAACGUGCAAGAAGGAAUGGUGGUGACUCAAAAUUUCUCUGGAUGCAUUGAAAACUUAUUCUUCAACAAUACCAAUUUCAUCCAGACGAUGAAAGAAGCCUUCCAGGCAGGCGAAUCACUACGUUAUGAGAAAGUUAACUCAAUCUAUGCUUGCCCCUCUCCGCCCAUCUAUCCAGUAACAUUUUUAACGAAAAGUUCUUAUGCUCGGUUGAAGGGUUACGAAGCCCAAAAACAGAUGAACGUUUCAUUCUACUUCCGUACUUACGAGGAAGUUGGCACAAUGUUAUAUCAUGAAUUUGCAUCACGAGGAUACGUUAGAGUGUAUUUAGAAUUCGGAAAGGUAAAAAUCAACCUGAAAUUGGGCGAUGAUAAGCCGAAAAUUAUUCUGGAUAACUACGAUGAACGAUUCAAUGAUGGAAAGUGGCAUUCACUGGUUUUAACAAUCUCACGGAAUAAAUUAGUUUUGGAUAUCGAUCAGAGGCCAAUGACUACUACGAAAAAUAUCGAGAUUUCCACCGGAAGACUUUAUUAUAUCGCUGGAGGUGUAGAUAAAGAAGGAUACGUCGGAUUCGUUGGGUGCAUGAGAUUGAUUCUUGUCGAUGGUAAUUAUAAACUGCCAAAGGAUUGGAUUCCAGGCGAAGAGGUGUGCUGCAAGGACGAAGUAAUUGUUGAUGCAUGCCAAAUGAUUGAUCGAUGUAACCCAAAUCCAUGCAAACAUAAUGGAAUUUGCUAUCAAAAUUCAAAUGAAUUUUUCUGUGAUUGUAAGGCUACUGGGUAUGCAGGGGCUGUCUGUCAUACAUCACGGAAUCCGCUUUCGUGUCAAGCGUAUAAGAAUGUACAGCAUGUUCAGCAACGAGUUCAAAUCAAUAUUGACGUGGACGGUAGUGGUCCCUUAGCACCGUUCCCAGUCACGUGCGAAUUUAAUUCUGACGGAAGAGUUGUAACGGUCUUAGAACAUAGCCAAGAGCAUACAACAAGUGUUGAUGGAUUCCAAGAGCCAGGCUCUUUUGAGCAGAGUAUCAUUUAUGAGGCUGAUUUGCAGCAAAUUGAAGCACUUUUAAACCGUUCAGAUCAUUGCUGGCAGAGAUUGGCCUAUGCUUGCCAUUCAUCUCGACUUUUCAACUCACCUUCUGAACCUUCCAACUUCCGUCCCUUCUCAUGGUGGGUAUCGAGAUACAAUCAAGCUAUGGAUUAUUGGGCUGGCGCGUUGCCUGGAUCGCGAAAAUGUGAAUGCGGUAUUUUAGGCAAAUGCAAGGACCCGACCAAGUGGUGUAAUUGUGAUUCCAAUUCGAUUGAAUGGUUAGAGGAUAGUGGGGAUAUUCGUGAGAAAGAAUAUUUACCAGUGAGGGCUCUUCGCUUCGGGGACACAGGAACACCGUUGGAUGAAAAACAAGGAAGAUACACUUUAGGACCCUUGCGAUGUGAAGGAGAUGAUUUGUUCAGUAAUGUCGUUACCUUCCGAAUUGCUGAUGCUACAAUAGAUUUACCGGUUUUCGAUAUGGGACAUUCAGGCGAUAUUUAUUUUGAAUUUAAGACAACUACAGAAAUGGCGGUUUUGUUCCAUGCUACGGGACCGACAGAUUAUAUUAAACUAAGUAUCAUUGGAGGCAAAAAACUUCAAUUUGAAUACCAGGCUGGUAGUGGACCAUUAGGUGUUAAUGUAGAAACAAGUUAUCAUUUGAACGACAACAAUUGGCACACCGUCAGUGUUGAACGUAAUCGUAAGGAAGCUCGUUUGGUUGUGGAUGGAUCGUUGAAGGCGGGUGUUCGUGAGCCUCCAGGUCCAGUCCGUGCUUUGCACCUAACAUCUCAUCUCGUCAUCGGAGCCACAACAGAAUAUCGCGAUGGUUACGUUGGAUGCAUCAGAGCACUUUUAUUAAACGGACAACUAGUAGACCUUAAAUCUCAUGCUGAACGAGGACUUUAUGGAAUAAACACUGGAUGCGUAGGUCGCUGUGAAUCGAGCCCUUGUCUCAACAAUGGUACUUGCUUCGAGAAAUACGAUGGAUAUUCAUGUGAUUGCCGUUGGAGUGCAUUUAAGGGUCCGAUUUGUGCAGAUGAAAUUGGCGUUAACUUACGGGCAAGCUCGAUCAUUAAAUACGAUUUCGAAGGUUCUUUCCGAUCAACAAUUGCAGAAAAUAUUCGAGUUGGUUUCACGACUACAAACCCCAAAGGUUUCCUUCUGGGAUUUUCUUCCAAUAUUACCGGAGAGUAUCUUACAAUCAUGGUAUCCAAUUCAGGUCAUUUGCGUUGUGUUUUUGAUUUCGGAUUUGAACGGCAAGAAAUUAUUUUCCCGAAAAAGCAUUUCGGCCUUGGGCAGUACCAUGACGUGAGAUUUUCCCGAAAGAAUUCUGGAUCUACAGUCGUACUGCAAGUAGAUAAUUAUGAACCAGUUGAAUACCACUUUGAUAUUAAGGCUUCAGCUGAUGCGCAGUUCAACAAUAUUCAAUAUAUGUACAUUGGAAAGAAUUUGUCUAUGUCGGAUGGUUUUAUUGGCUGCGUUUCACGAGUUCAGUUUGAUGAUAUUUAUCCAUUGAAGUUAUUAUUCCAGCAAAAUCCUCCAUCUAAUGUGAAAUCACUAGGAACACCCUUGACUGAAGACUUCUGUGGAGUUGAACCAGUGACACAUCCGCCUAUUGAGAAGGAGACUCGCCCACCGCCGAUUAUUGAUGAAGAAAAAUUAAGGAAAGCAUACAAUCAAGUGGAUUCAGCAUUGUUGGGAUGUAUUCUCGCUCUAAUAUUCCUACUUCUUGUCAUCAUGGCUAUUCUCAUCGGACGUUACCUAUCACGACAUAAAGGUGAAUAUCUUACGCAAGAAGAUAAGGGAGCUGAUUCGGCAUUGGAUCCCGAUGAGGCAGUGGUUAGCGGUACAACCGGUCAUCAAGUCACAAAACGAAAAGAGUGGUUCAUUUAAACUAUACAGCGCCUUCGUUUACAUGUAAAACCUAAAAAAUGCCUAGACUUAUUUACAUACAUUUAUUUUAGUUCACGCGUUCCAAACAAAGUGGUCAUUUUACAAACACGAACUUUAAUAACUAUUGAUUGUUGAAUCGAUGAAAAAUUAAUGAGAGCAAAGAAAUAAGAAGAAAAAUUGAUCUAUCUUUGGUAAAAUAUUUUUUACACGUAGUUAGUAAGACCAAAUGAAAGAAAAAAUCGUAGAUAUAAUUUUUAGUCUAAAAGUGCAAAUCGAAUCCAAAUGUAAAGAUUCUGUGCUGGUAGUUUCGAAAUGAGAAAUCGAAGUUUGGUGUUGAAGACAAGCAGUAGUUAUGGAGAUCAAAUUGAAUUUAGGCCGUUCGAUAGUCGUUUCAAAGAAUUUCACAUAUAAUCGUUCCUUCGUGCCGGAAAAAUAUACGUUUUGUGAUUCAGAUACUUUGUUGAAGUUCGAUAUUUUGCCACAAACGUUAAGAUGAAUUCGUCGAAUUUGAUUUGCUCACUCUCUUUACCUCACACACAAUGGUGUGGUUGUAAAGUGAAACAUACGUUAUAUCACACUUAACACGGCUUCGUCAACAUCAUUGACUCAAAAUGGCAUCACGAAUAUUUCAUUUGUUGUAAGAACUACCGCAAAUUAUUAUUAACAAAUCACGAGAAUGGUAGUAGACGUAUCACAUUCAAUUUAGUAUUCUAUAAAACGACAAAGCAACUUAAGUUUUCUUUCUAAAAGAAGUCGACAUUUAUUUCCCGUCCAUUUACGUACUUUAUUUUAAUUUAAUUAUAAUUUUUACAAAAAUCUCAUUUUAUUCUACCGAUGAUUUACUACAUCAACAUAAGAAAAAUAAAUUAUUCACUCUAUACAGAAACAAUAACGAUUCUAUCAAGUAUUCAAUUAGAAGGCAAUUAAGUGGAGAAAUUUCAACUGUGAAACGUCCCAUAGUUAUUUUUAUGCCAUGAAUUGUAUAUAAUUAAAAAUGGAAAUAGCAUAUGACUUAAAUAAUAAAAUAAUAUAUUGAAAAAAUUUUCUAUCUCAAAGAAUUGUAUAUUAAAAAGGCUGAUUAUAUGCGUUUUGUCAUGUACGCGUUGCGUAUGCAUUGCAAAAGAAGAACGUUAGAAUCUCUGUCGUGCAAAGAAGUUUUUCUUUGUCUUCCUUCCAACAAUGAAACUGUGUUGUACACUUGACUUUCAAUUUCUAUACAUUCCAUUAUUUGUGUGUAAAUUGUAUUCACUUUUAUCUUAUGAUCAGUUUUUUCCUUUUUGAUGGAGUUAGCACUACUCUCUUUUUGAAAAAGUUUACUAACAAGAAUCUUUUUAUGUAAGACUUACAAAUUAGUUGUUAUUAGGCACUAGAGAACUUGUCUCUUUUAAGUCCUGUUAAUAAAACAUUUUUCCGAUGAGAA